GGCCCCUCCCCCGGGUCCGACGCCGUGCGGAGCCGCGGGCGGGCGGCCGGACGGACUGACGGGAGGGCCGGGAGGCGAGCAAGAUGGCGCAGACUCAGGGCACCCGGAGGAAAGUCUGUUACUACUACGACGGGGAUGUUGGGAAUUACUAUUAUGGACAAGGCCACCCAAUGAAGCCUCACCGAAUUCGAAUGACUCACAACUUGCUGCUCAACUAUGGUCUCUACCGAAAAAUGGAAAUCUAUCGCCCUCACAAAGCCAAUGCUGAGGAGAUGACCAAGUACCACAGUGAUGACUACAUUAAAUUCUUGCGAUCCAUUCGUCCAGAUAACAUGUCUGAGUACAGCAAGCAGAUGCAGAGAUUCAACGUUGGUGAGGACUGUCCCGUAUUUGAUGGCCUGUUUGAGUUCUGCCAGUUGUCUACUGGUGGCUCUGUGGCAAGUGCUGUGAAACUUAAUAAGCAGCAGACGGACAUCGCUGUGAAUUGGGCUGGAGGCCUACAUCAUGCAAAGAAGUCUGAAGCAUCUGGCUUCUGUUAUGUCAAUGAUAUCGUCUUGGCCAUCCUGGAAUUGCUAAAGUAUCACCAAAGGGUGCUGUAUAUUGACAUCGAUAUUCAUCAUGGUGACGGUGUGGAAGAGGCCUUCUAUACCACAGACCGGGUCAUGACUGUGUCCUUUCAUAAAUAUGGAGAGUACUUCCCAGGAACUGGUGACCUACGGGAUAUUGGGGCUGGCAAAGGCAAGUAUUAUGCUGUUAACUACCCACUCCGCGAUGGGAUUGAUGAUGAGUCCUAUGAGGCCAUUUUCAAGCCGGUCAUGUCCAAAGUAAUGGAGAUGUUCCAGCCGAGUGCAGUGGUCUUACAGUGUGGCUCAGAUUCCCUGUCUGGGGAUCGGUUAGGUUGCUUCAAUCUGACCAUCAAAGGGCAUGCCAAGUGUGUGGAAUUUGUCAAGAGCUUCAACUUGCCUAUGCUGAUGCUGGGAGGAGGUGGUUACACCAUUCGCAAUGUUGCCCGGUGCUGGACAUAUGAAACAGCUGUUGCCCUGGACACCGAGAUCCCUAAUGAGCUGCCGUACAAUGACUACUUUGAAUACUUUGGACCAGAUUUCAAGCUUCACAUCAGUCCUUCCAAUAUGACUAACCAGAACACUAAUGAGUACCUGGAAAAGAUCAAACAGCGGCUCUUUGAGAACUUGAGAAUGCUGCCCCAUGCACCUGGGGUUCAAAUGCAGGCGAUACCUGAGGAUGCCAUCCCAGAGGAGAGUGGUGAUGAGGACGAAGAAGACCCCGACAAACGCAUUUCUAUCUGCUCUUCUGAUAAACGAAUUGCCUGUGAAGAAGAAUUCUCUGAUUCAGAUGAGGAAGGAGAAGGUGGUCGAAAGAAUUCUUCUAAUUUCAAAAAAGCCAAAAGAGUCAAAACAGAAGACGAAAAAGAAAAAGAUCCAGAAGAGAAGAAAGAAGUUACAGAAGAGGAGAAAACCAAGGAGGAGAAGCCAGAAGCCAAAGGGAUCAAAGAGGAGGUCAAGUUGGCCUGAGCAAGAUCUGCACAAAGUUUCUCACGUUUCCCCAAUCCCUCAGAUUUUAUAUUUUCUAUUUCUCUGUGUAUUUAUAUAAAAAAAUAUAUUAAAUAUAAUGUCCCCAGGGACUAGAUAGGAACCAGGGACCAGAGCCCAGGGCAAGAGGGUCGGGGGGAGUCUUCCAGCAGCUGCCUUGCCUGUCCUUCCCCAGGUCUUAGUUCUGAACCGUACAGGGUACAGGUCUUGAGUACAACUGUAAGACAAAAAUCCUGAAUGCCAAGUGCCUGCUUAGGAAAGAUUGCCCUUAUUAAGCUUUCUAGAAGGGGGGGUUGGGUCUUCUGGGACCCUUGUUCUUUUCAGGCUUAGGUAACAUCAGACAUUUUUUAGAUUGGUUUUGUUUAUACCUUCCCACUGGUCUCAGGUGAGCUGAGAAACUCUCACUGCCCCAUCUCCCCCCAAUUCUGCAGGCAGAGGUUUUAUUAGUCUAGCUUCCUUUUUGAGAUACUUUCAUUUUUGUGAGACUUUGUAAUAAAAUGGCACAUUUCUACACCCUCCUGA